UCUUCAGUUUCGAAAUAACACUAAUUUGUAUCUAAUUCAUUAAUUCCCCCACUUUCCUCUUUGGUUCAAAUUAUUAAUCGAACCAUCGAUCUCAUGGCUUCUCGGUUUUUGUCAUUAGCUCUUCUCGUCUCUCUAUGUCUGCUCGUUCCUUCAACGCUUGCGGGGGUGAUAUGUGACGAUUUGCCCCAGGAUUUAUGCGCGUUCGCCGUUUCUUCUUCUUCGAAACGUUGCGUGUUGGAGAGCUAUCAGAACAGCGGCAAGCCAACGGAGUAUCAGUGCCGGACGUCAGAGGUGGUGGUCGAGAGGAUGAAGGAUCACAUCGAGACCGAUCAAUGCGUGAAGGCUUGUGGUGUUGACAGGAAGUCCGUUGGAAUUUCGUCGGAUUCUCUUCUUGAGCCUCAAUUUGCCGGGAAGUUGUGCUCCCCGGAGUGCCAUCAGAACUGUCCCAAUAUCGUUGACCUCUACUUCAAUCUUGCAGCUGGGGAGGGCGUUUAUCUUCCAGACUUGUGCGAAGCUCACCGGUCGAACCCUCGUCGAGCGAUGGUUGAGCUCAUGAGCUCCGGUGUCGCACCGGGUCCCGUCUCUGGGGGCGUGGUCAACAAGUUAGACGCAGAAGCUGCUCCCGCUCCUGCUCCCAUGGCUUUCUGAUCGAUUGAAAUUUUCUUUAGGUCGACUUGAAGAGGGCAUUCGUUAUGAAUUAAUUCUUGUGUUUUGUUUACAGCGGAGGGAUAAUUAGAAGAUUCAUCACAGCGAGGACAGUCUUGUAUUUGAUUAUAAAUUAUAUGUGUACCCUUAUUCCUUUGUAUAGAGAAAAUAAUAAUAUUUUGAUGAUUUUCAGUUA